CGCUUGUAGUCUCGCCCAUUCUCGCGGCUGUUCCCGGAAGUUUAUAUGCUAAGACGGGGUCCUUCAGGGUGGAGUGAAUUUAGCCGGAAGGUGACUUACACAAAGGAACAUAAUGUCAUCCAAACUGUUUGGUAAAGAUUUGAAGCAGUAUGAAGACUUGGAUAUAGAUGAACUCCUAGAAAAGUUGACCCCUGAAGAGUUGGAGGAACUCAACAAUGAUAUUGACCCUGAUAACUCAUUGCUACCUCCAUCUCAGCGGUGUAAAGACCAGACUACCAAAGCCCCUACAGGGCCAUUCAAGAGGCAGCAACUCUUAGACUUCUUGGAAAAGAAAGCCAAGGAGGAGAAAGACUGGGAACAGAAUAAGCCAUAUGUGAAAGAAACUAGAGGCAAAGUAUAUGUGCCCAAGGAAGAACCCAAAAAGAUAGACCCCAACGAUGAAAUAGAAACAGAAUUUGAUGAUAUUCUGCGCAGUGCCACAGAGGAAGAAUUAGUUGAUUUAGCAGCUGUGUUGGGCUUCCACAGUCUCCUGAACCAGGUACAGUACACAGCAUCCAUGGAGGACAGGAAAGUAGAGGGUGGCUUUUCAGGGAUGGCCAAAGCACAGUUGUUGAAGAAGGUUGAAGAUGAGCCCCCAAAUGACACUGAUGUUGACGAAGCACUACAACAAAUUAAGAGCAAUGAUCCGAAGUUGAAAGAGUUGAAUUUAAACAACAUAAAGAACAUCUCCAUUGAGAGGCUUUGUGAAUUUGCUCAGGCUUUGAAAACCAACACAAAUCUAGAACACUUUCAUAUGGCAAACACAGCUGCUUCAGAUAAAGUAGGAAGGGAACUAGCAGAAGCAAUGAAAGAAAACAAAACACUGAAGACACUGAAUAUAGAGUCCAAUUUUAUUUCUGGACCAGUAAUUGUGGAAAUUAUUGAGGCAAUCAACCAACCCCAGACACUGCUGGAGUUCAGAGUAGAAAACCAGAAACCACAAGUCCUAGGGUGUAAGGUAGAAAUGGAAGUUGCCAAAUUGAUAGAGAGCAAUGAUACACUGAUAAAGCUGGGAAUGACCUUAGAAUUUGCCAACGCAAGAAUAAGGAUCUCAGAAAAAAUAGAGAAAAACCUUGAUAAAUAUCGUUUGGAGAGGGUUGGUGACAAGGAAAAAAAAUAAACCAUGUGUAGUAAUUAUGUUGGACUUUGCGUGUAGCUGAUGACUGUCUGUGCCUCGUCUCUGCCCAUCAGUGCUUUAUACCUCAGUGUGAACAGUGGCAGAAAAUCCAUAAUAUAUUGGCCAAUAAGAUAUAUAUAUAUAUAAUAUACAUGUAUGGAGGAACUUUUACCCUCCCUGCCUGGUAUGCCAGAAUGGUACCUGGACCUGAACAUGGAUAGAAAAUGUACAAAGAACUAUGGAUUAAUGGAAGCUCCAAAGAAAAUUUGGAUACAAGUCAACGAGGUAGAAUUGGGAAUAAUGCUUCUGCUUUUCAAGAGGAAAAUAAUUCAAGGUGCUGUGAAUAUUAUAUGUAGGCUGACUGUUUUUGAACAUAGGUGCGAAUGAAGUCAGAGUGCAUUUAAGUAGUGCUGAAGCUUCACAUUGUACAUAUUUUCUAUGAGCUUUUUGUACUUUUCUUCUGUAGAACUAUCUAUGCUUUCAUUGCUUACUUUUUUUAUGUAGACCAACUGGGUCAAGUAAGCAGUACAGUGGGUAACAUAAGAAGGGUUCAUGAACAUCUUUUGAACUUGGCAUAAAGAAAGACAAAGCAGGAUAGUGAAACUCUGAAAGCUAGAAUUUCAGCAUCUCAUAUUAAGAAUUUUAGUAUCUUGUAUUAAGGUUGAAGAGAUGAUUUACAGAAUCAUGCGAAAUACAUCAAGCUUCUGGUAGUAUUUUGAUGAGGUUGCAGUCCAUACAACAAUUUCAUUUGUUUAUAUAAAGGUCUUUGUGCUACUCUUAUGACUUACCAGCAUAAUGUAGUGCCAUAUGUAGCACAAGUAUUGAUGUCGAAUCUGGCAGCAGUUGUUUACCAGAGUUUAUAAAGUAUGCAACUGGAGGCAAAUCUGUUGUAGAACAUUUUCCAACAAUUAUGUUUUAUUCAUAUGUUAUCAUGCAUGUAAUUGUAAAUAUUAUUAAUGACUAAGAUCAUUGAUGUGCAAGAAAGUGUGAAAAGAUCUUAAUUAUCCACAAGUUGUUUUUAAAAAGCUCAAUUUAAACCAGUUUCUGUCAUGUGUAGUUCAGUAUAAUUGAUCCUAUUACUUGAAUUGUAUCUUUUCCUUUGAGUGUGUCACAAAACUUUCUUAAUGAUUGAAAUCCUGCUAGAAGGUCAUCUAAGCACAUCCCAUUGCUGCCAUUCAGCUCACCUAACACAAUUGAGACCUCUAAGGGUACUCUCACAGUUUCUUUUUAAACUAGUCAAAAGUAAGGGUGAUUAAGCACUUUAUCAUGCACUCAUGAUCUCAUUGUGACAGUUCAUACAAUUUUAUUGUAUUGUAUUGGGGUGUUUUAAAGAAAAGCAUAUGUAAUUACAUUUAUAUGCAAAAUAGUUGCCAGGAAAGAAAUACAAAAAACUCAUUUCCAGAAAUUUAAAGCCAAUAGUGUGCUCAUCUACUGCCUUGUGUUUCUGCAAAAGUGUCAAGAAUUUUGAAAUAAAUGCUCUAGAAAUGUA